AUGGCAUCAGCGACAGGACAGCCGUCGAACAGUAAAAAGCCCAAGGCAAAACCACAAGGCAAGCACUCGCCGCCUACACAUUUUCUAUGCUUUCCACUUGCCACGGACGAAUCGGUCCGCCAACUGACCGAGUCGUUGGCUCACUUCAGAUCCGUCACUACACCCCUCCCGCAUCCGGAUCCAGAUGCGACGCCCGAACCGGAGGAUCAGCAAGGAAGUACUACCACCGUCGCGGAGCCAGACGUUGAAGGCCAAAAGCUGAGAUUGCUGCCCGAAUCGGCACACCGGCCGCCUGGGACGUACCAUUUGACGCUGGGGACCAUGAACUUGUCGAAGCAGGAGGAUAUGGAGAAUGCGGUUGCGCUGCUGCAGCAGAUCAAUUACCUUGCUUUGCUGAAAGAUGCUGAAAGUGGUGAUGGUAUCAUGAGGCAUGCGAGAGAAAGGGCGAGAGGGCGAGGACGACUCCCCGCCACUCCAUCCAAUAACGCAGAUACAAAAUCAGAGACCAAGUCUGUGCUCGAGGAUUCUCAUGAUCGCGAAAACGGACGCGGGAUACCGCAAAGACAGCCCGAACAGCACAACACUUUAUCGGACCCAGAGACGCCGGAGGGAUCUCAAGACAAACCCCUCGACGACAGCGAAAUGACCAAAGAUGGUGUCUCGUCCUCCUCCUCCCUCUCCCAGCCGCGCGCUCUUAAAUCGCUCACCAGGCCAAUCUCUCCACCACCCAUAGCAGCGCUGUCAACCUCCACUACCUCGUCUGUCAGUCCACUCUCCAUCUCGCUACAUUCCCUCGGCGUGUUCCCCAAGCAAACCGCCGCACGGGUCUUCUUCGCGCAUCCCCACGACCCAACCAACCGUCUGCAAACCUUCGGGCAAUUAAUCCGCCGCCACUUCCGCGAGGCCGGCCUCAUCACCGAAACGAGACCACUGGUCCUGCACGCCACGGUCGCGAACUUGAUCUACGUCCGGGGAAAAGAUCGGCGCGGCGGUGGCGGUGGCGGCGGCGGCAAAGGCAAGUCCGCGAACCGAAAAUCACGCGCAGGGGACCAGGACGGCACCGUCGAUGCCACGGGGUUGUUGCGGUUUUUCAAUGGCGAGAAUGACACUCGUGGGAGACACGGCCAAGGAGGCGAAUACGCGGGUGUCGUGUCCCAAAGUGUGGCGCUGGACACGUCGGCGCGGGAAAAGAUCCAGGAGGCUCAGGGACUGGAGUCGGAUUCAUUCGUGACUUUACACGCCCAGGGGGAGCACAAUCGCGGUCACGAUCACGAUCAUGAUCACUCUCACGCGACGCCGUACGUCUGGGCGAGAGAUAUUCCCAUCACUUGCGUCCGGGUCUGUAAGAUGGGAGCUGAACCGUCGACAAUUCCGGGUUGGGGCCUCGAGUAUAGAGCUGUGGCGGAGAGGGUUUUCUUGCCAGAGGCGAUGCGGGAGCGUUCGCGUGAGCAUGGGCCACGCGUCGGAGACUAG